AUAUGUUAGUAUGUUGCUCUUCCGCCGACUACAAAUAAGACCGAUCGCGUCUCACUUUUCGGCAGUUCAAUUUUAAUUGUUCGUUUAACUCUUUCGCAAUGCAGAUCGCUUUUGUGCUAUCCAUAUUCCUUGCUGUGCUUUGUAUGUGCUGUGGUGAUAAGAUAUUUCAACAAUGUCGAGAACAAUUUGGCAUAACUGAAGCUGAACUGGACUCCAUACCAAGGGAUCAACCCGUCGAAAGCUUGUCACUUAAGCUAAAGUGCUAUGCCAAGUGCACCAUAGCCGAUAUCUUGGGAGAUGAUGGCAAACUUGUCGUGGAACGUGUUCCUAACCAGAAAGGUUUGAAGUGCAAGGAACAAUUUGAUAGCUACGUUAUCAACAAUGAGGAAGAUUCUUGUGAUUAUGCGGCUAAAAUUUUGAAUUGCUUGAAUUGAUAACCUGCUAAGUAACUUUUACCAAUUCAUAAAUUUUCAACCAGAAAUUGUAUGAUCUUUUUUUUUCGAGUGUUUGUUUGAAAUAAGCAAUUUGAAAUAAAUCUCAGAAUAUAAUUGAAAUUGCAAUAUCGUGCAAUGCUACCUAAA